AUGGAACGACGCGAAAUUUUAGAUUUGAAUUUGCGCGAUUUGAGGCAAAAACUAACUGAAUUAGGGUUAGUGACUACAGGGCGUAAGUCAAUAUUGCAAGACAUACUGCUCGAGCAUUUCGGCCUGACUGUUGACGGUGAAGAAGAUGAUGAUGUUUCUGAGUAUGAUGAUGUUGCUUCAGGUGUGAUCCAUACUCCGGCACAUGAGCGUGCUACGUUCACCCUGCGCGACAUAGUAGAUUCGCUGUCAAUGUUUAAUGGCUCCGGCUCACCGUCGAUAGAGGACUGGUUAGAAGAGUUUGAAGAAAACGCUACCGCAGUUCACUGGAAUAAUUUACAGAAAUUUAUUUAUGCUAAACAGUUGUUGAGGGGGGCAGCCAAAAUGUUUGUGCGAAGCCAACGUGGUGUUACAGAUUGGAGUUCAUUAAAGCAGGCACUAAAAUCAGAGUUUGGUAUUGUGGUGUCAUCCAUGGAAGUGCAUCGCAUGCUUAGGAACUGUCGAAAGCGUCAAAACGAGAGUUACCGCGAAUACCUUUACAAUCUAAUGGAGAUUAGCAAACCGAUUGAAUUAGAUGAGUUGAGUUUAGUAACAUAUUUUAUCGAAGGUAUUCCUGAUUCUAAUGCCAACAAGAGAAAUAAGGCGUCUACUGGUUUGGGUAACAAUAAAGAUCAAACAAAACGUUGUUUCAAGUGCGGAGAUAUUUCGCACAUCGCAAAAGAUUGCAGUCAAAAACAAAUUAAAUGUUUCAAAUGCGGUCAGCCAGGGCAUCGUGCCGUAGAUUGUCAGCGACAGCAAGUUGAGGUUAAGAAGGAAAAAAGUAAUGUAAAUACGUUGAGGAACCAGGGAAAACAAGAAUUUGGAACAGGAGGAUGCAUUUUUAAGGAUCUAGCCGUUGGGGGAGCGACAUUUUCCGCUUUAAUAGAUACCGGAUGUGACCUUUGCUUAAUUCGUCGCGAUGUUUUGUUGUUGUUAAAUGACGACAUCGAAUUAAGCAACGACCAAAUAAGCCUUAUAGGCGUAGGAAAUGCCAGACUAACGACGCUAGGUAGCUUCAAAACUAUGGUGGUGGUCGACGGUAUGGAACUUGAAGUCAUUUUCCACGUGACCAGAGAAUGUGACAUGCGGUAUUCAGCAGUGAUUGGUGUCAGUGUGUUGAAAUUGGUUGACUUGGUUGUAUCAGAGGGUUCGGUAGAGUUUAAGGAGAAAGUUGACAAGGCUGAGGCAAGUCAGACAGGAAAAAAGGGUUCGAAUGCAGUCGUGGCAGGAAGUUGCUUAAUUUCGGACGAAGCCGAGGGGAGAUGUACAGAGGUUGAGGCAGAGUUUAAAGAGCUAUGCCAAGUUGCCGUUGUUGAAGAAACUAGGGAACCAGAUAUUGACUUAUGCCACCUUCAACCGUUAGAAGCAAGUGCAGUAGAGGUGUUGAUUAAAAAUUAUGCACCCGUAAGAAACCAGAAAUCACCUGUUGAAAUGAAGAUCGUGUUGACUGAUGAUUAUCCCGUUCACGAAGGCCCUAGACGCAUUUCAUACGCUGACAAGCAAGUGGUAGAAGAACAGAUAGCGGAGUGGCUACAAGAGGGUAUUAUUCAACCCAGUACAUCGGAGUACGCUUCGCCCAUUGUACUUGUUGCCAAAAAGGAUGGAUCAAAAAGGCUUUGCUGUGACUACAGGCCUAUAAACAGCAAGAUUAUGAGGGAUAACUUUCCGAUGCCGUUGUUAGACGACGUCAUUGAGAGGCUACAGGGGGCCAAAUUAUUUACGACCUUGGAUUUGGCAAACGGGUUCUUUCAUGUACCUGUCGAAGCGAAAUCCAGGAAGUAUACCGCGUUCGUUACACAUAACGGGCAGUACGAGUUUCGAUAUGUACCCUUUGGGAUAUCAAACUCGCCUGCUGUAUUUUCGAAGUACAUUGCUACGGUUUUGAGGGAUAUGGUGGAAGAUGGGACGGUUGUUGCUUACAUGGAUGAUCUCAUUAUUCCCGCUAAGGAUGUAAGUGAGGCCAUUCAGAAAUUAGAGCGUGUGUUAAGUCGAGCAGCCUAG